AUGAGCAGGUGCCUAAAGGAGGGGGUUUUUCCCCCAGAGUGGAGAAGGGCUAAUCUGGUCCUUCUCCCGAAGGAGGACAAGGCGUCCGGGAGCGCGUCGGCCUACAGGCCGAUUUGCCUGCUGGACGAGGCGGCCAAGAUGUUCGAACGCAUCAUAGCUGACCGCCUCGUCCAGCACAUGUCCUCGGAGGGGCCGGGCCUCCACGAUCGCCAAUUCGGGUUCAGGCCCGGACGUUCAACGCUGGAUGCGAUCCAGUGCGUCCGGGAUCUGACCCGGGCGGUCGCAGGGCCCUUGAAUUUCAAGGUGUGCCCGUCUAUCUCCGGUGGGCCCUGGCGGCCUACUUCGAGGGCAGAGACCUCGCCUUCGCCAAAAAAGGCGGGGUUCAAGGCCGUUAUGGAGCCUGGUGUUCCACAGGGGUCCGUUCUGGGGUCCCUGUUGUGGAAUAUCGCCUUCGACCGGGAAUUUGACCCCCAGGUGCGCGGGACAGGGCUAAAAGUAGCCAGCCUGAUGCGCGCCCAGGGAGGUCCAGGAUGGAGAGCCCGCCGCCUUUACGUCGGUGUGGUGCUCUUGAUGGUCCUGUACAGGGCGCCUAUUUGGGCGCCCCAGCUGGCGGCUACCGACCGCAGUAAGCGCUUGAUACGCCAGGCGCUGCGGCCGGUGGUCAUACAGGCCAUUCGGGGGUACCGCACCAUAUCCCAUAUGGCGGCGGAAGCCCUGGCCGGUUCCCCUCCCGUGGAGCUCAUCGCCGAGGGGAGACAUAUUCUCUAUUGGCGGGUGCAUGAGCUCCGCGAGGAGGGGGAGCUAAUGGCCAGGGGAGUGAGGGCCCUGAAGUCCCAGGCCAGAGCCCGGACUCUGGGGAAGUGA